UGGUGGAGGUUUGACCCUGUGUGCGCUCUGCACUGCGCCGCUGUAGCUUUCAGACUGAACGAGCCUCGGUCGGUGACUGUCAUCAUGGAGGAGAAGCAGACGACUGUAGCCGAGUGAAGAGGAAGAGGACGAAAAAAAAAGAAGGGGGGGCAUUUAAUUAUUCCAAAAAACGACUGAAGACGGUCGAGCAGUGGUCGACUGGUUUCGCUGGAUUGUGCGUCUCUUGAAUAAGGAAAUACGCGUCCACUCGUGCUCUAUACCAGGUGAUCGCUCAACCGAAUCGGCGAGGGAGACACCUUAGAGGUGACAGCGGCCAAGAUGAAGCAUUUUCUCAGCGUUCUGACCCAGUUCUUCGUGUUCCUCUACUGCAAAUGUCUGUGGCGGGGCCUGAAGUUCGUCGCCAGGAAGUUCACGGGGCGCUGUGAGCUGCAGCGGAUCUGCUACAACAACAAGCACGGAGCACGCAGGACCCUCAAGAUAGAGUCGUCUCUGCGGUACUCCAAGAACGAGCUGCUGCAGUCCGCCCUCAGCGUCCAUCCUGACAAAGUGGAGAAAACCAUCGACAACAUCAUGGCCCUGAAGAAAAUUAACCCUGACACCAACCCACAGCUGGGCAUCUCUCUACAGGCCAGCCUGCUGCAGAUUGUGGGCUACAGGAGCCUGGUGGCCGAGGUGGAGAAGCUACGCAGGGAGUCGUACGACUGUGAAAACCCCGAUCACGAGGACAUGCUGAUGAAGCUGUGGAAGGAGCUGCGUCCUGACACGCCUCUCACCGGCCGCAUCUCUAGACAGUGGUGUGAGAUCGGUUUCCAGGGCAGCGACCCCAAGACUGAUUUCAGGGGCAUGGGCCUGCUGGGUCUGCACAACCUGCUGUAUUUUGCGGAACACGACAAGGCCACGGCUCUGCAGAUGCUCCACGACUCUCUGCAGCCAAAGCACAAGAGCACACACAGAACGCCAAGUGAGGUAAACAAGCCCGAAUGGGAACAGAAGAACCUUGAUAAAGCUAUCGGUUAUUCUUUUGCCAUCGUGGGCAUCAACAUCACAGACUUGGCCUUCUCUCUGCUGGAGAGCGGAGCGCUGAAGACCCACCUGUACAACGUGGCCCCAGAGAUGCCCAGCCUGCUGCACUUCCAGCAGACCUUCUGUUACCUGAUGCAGGAAUUCCACCGCUUCUGGAUCGAGGAGGAUCCCAGCGACAUCAUGGAGUUCAACCGGGUCCGCUCCAAGUUCCACCGGAGGAUCCUGCGGCAGCUGAAGAACCCGGACAUGGCCCUGUGCCCCCACUUCUCCGCCUCCGACCUCCACCUGGUCAACCUCUAAACACAACCCUGUCCCGUGACCCCCCCCCCCCCCCUCCCUCACCACCACCACCACCACCACCAACCACCACCACCUCCACUGACCCCCUUCAUAAUCCCACAGAGGUCUCCCCUCCACUGGAUGUCUGGUAGGCCAGUCACACUCAAACAAAUGUCUCCUCAAGCUGCCGGACACAUCUGGGGGAGGCUUCUCUGCUCGACUCGUCCCAGCUGACGUCACGUCGCGUCACUGCCAACAGCUCACUGCACACACAGGACACUGAAUCCGACCUCUAAAACCAGAAAACGUAACAUCGUAGGGGGCUUUUUUGUUCUGUUUUUUGUCGAGCGCCCCCACAACGUGAAGCAGCUUAAUGUCCCCCACAAAUUAAGAAAACACACACACACACACAUUUUUGCACUGCCUCUUAACGCCCUCACUGCAGCGUCAGACCACCAGCAUCAGAGACGACCAUAGCGAUUGUAGCUGUGCAUGAGGAGGCUGCAACGAAGCGUCACACACAUCGUUACUUUAACGUCAAUGAUUCACGAUUGUAUCACAGCCGUUACGCCUCAGUUGGGAACCGUUUUUCCUCACUUUAAUUAAAAAAACCAAAUUUGCUUUCUCAGCCAAAAAUCACUCCCAAACACGGCGAUCGUCUGUUCAGAACAUCUCACCGAGACCUGAGUUCAGUUUUGUAUUGAAAUUAAGACAGAUAUAUAAAAUAUAUAAAUUAUGAUGAUGCUGCUGAUUCACUUAUAGGGCCACUUCACCUUCUAACUUUGUCUGUAUAAGCAAACUGCCGCAGAUUGUAAUGUAAUUUUUUUUAUUAUUAUUAUUAUUGUCAAAAUGUUAUUAGCACCUAAGACUUCUCCUUGCCAAAAUAUUCAAUGUGGAGAACAUGAACAAUCACAGCAGCAGUUUGCUUCUCAUAAGCUCAGAUUUAAGUUUUGUAAAACCUGCUAAAUGAAAAAAAAACAAAAAAACAUGUAUGGCAUAUGGCAGCACUUCUCCCAAUUUGGAUACGUAAAAAUCUAAAUAUUCUUCUCUUUCUUCAUGCACAUUAGGACAUUUUUUUUACGGGUUAGGGUUUGCCUUUGAUUUGUCCCCCGUGCAGAGACUUUGUUACGAAUGUUUCUCACACGCUCACAUUUCUGAUUGUUUGAUUUAAAUUCGUCGAAUGUGACACUGUGUCCACCGUCGUAUCAGCCAAAGCAAUAAUUUACAUUCACUCCACCGCACGUUUCUUUAAAUGAGUUUAUCUUUGCGCCAUGCGUGCCUAAGUGUUUGUUUUUCUUUCUGACUCGGAGCUGGAAUGCUAAUCAGUCCAGAGCUGCUGCAUUAAUUAUAGGUAAAAUAUCACCGCAUUAACUUUGAGGCAUUAGUGAAAUUGCUGUAAACAAAUGUCCCCUCGACUGUGGCAGCCGCUGCGCUGCGUUUUUACGACGCUGGGAUUUGGAGAGACGUUAAAUGAGGACUUGCUCCAUUGACAAAGAAUCUGUGACUGUCCCAUAAACUGAGGAGAGCUGACGGUGAGAGAAGAUGGAGGCGUUGACCGGCCACUCAAUGCACCUGCUGCAGAGCUCUCACUGUCACACUAAGCAAAACUGAAACUUAGAUUUACUGUGGAAAGCUUGCAUAUAUAUAUAUUUAUUUAUUUUACCAGGGAAAUGUGAUUCAACUAUUUUAUGUUAGACAGGACCAGUGGAAACAACACUGACUAAGAGACUAAUCGUCUUGUUUGAGGUCAUGUAAGAACUGAAAAAAAAAAAACAAUAAACCACUUGGAUGAUUGGCAAAAACGUCUCCAAGAACAUUCAGACAAGUCCAGGUGUCUUAUGUAAACCUUUCAGACACUAUCAGUACAUGUAUUAUUAUUAUUUAUAUUUUAUAGUACAGAGAAUUGAGCACAUAAUCCCCUGAAGCUCAGUAUCAGGCAAACCAAUGAGAUUUGGGUGAUGUACCAGAGGAGCAGGACGUCUCUUGUCUUGUUUGUCGACUCAUGGACAGAGCACAUUUUGUGACCAUGGAAAUGCUCAUCAUACACUUGACUCAAUGUUGACGCUUAUGCCAAAUUUUGGGGAAUUAUCUCAAGGCUUUCCUGAGGUAUCAGAAGAAAAGGGGGUGGGCGUACAGACACACAGAUGACGUGCCUUCUGGUCACAGCUCUUUCUGGUGUGAAGUUUUUGUGAAGCUUUCACUUCUUUUUUUUUGUGAGUCUUGUCACAUGUAAGCUCCCGUCUUCUGUUGAACUACUUCAGUUGACAACCCUACUUUCAUUAAGGGUGUAGUCUUGUCUUUGGAGCUAGAGAUAGUCAGGUUGUUUGGCGCAGCAGCAGUUGAUGAUGGCUCUGCUUCCACACGGGGUAAUAAAGACGAAGGUCCCUUCAUGGCCAACGUCACAGUGACGUCACAGCGUUAGCUGGAGGCAAAACAGAGGGAAGCUGGAGGCAAACACUGUCACUGUCAACCACGACAACAACAAAUGUCAUCUUGCUGUAUUUUUAGGGGCCAAAAUUGAAAAAGCAAAAACACUAACUAAGUUUUGUCGCAUACCAGUUGUAAACGACUUUGGUUGAACACAAUUAAAAGGAAGGAUUGGACUGAGACAAUCGCCAACAACUGUCUGCAGCGCACACUUGAUAUCAGGUCAGAUUAAUAUCUAAUAGAUCAUUGGUUUCAGCCUGGAUAACGUUAUGGUUUAGACUAAAUUGUGACUGAAAUUACGUUAAGUUAAUCAGUAUUUGGAGGAUUCUUGUUACAUGCUAAUGUCAAUCCUAACCGCUAGCAAACACAAGGAUAUAAGUUCUGUGUUUCAUGGGUGUCCAAGCAGAAGUUGCAUUUACUACGUUACCCUCCACAGUGGCUCUUCUUGUAAUAUCUUUGUUGGAGAGGCUUCACUUGAUAAAGACAGACCAGACUUCGUCCCCUCCGUGUCCUCCUUUGGUCAAAUAGUCCAUCCAGUGAGUGAGAGUGUAGGGGUCAGUGAAUAUAUACCCAUCAGACAGAGUCACCUCUUAAAAUAAGACUCACGGCCUCGGGGAGUGAGUGUAUUUGUAUUAUCUAAAAUACUGUGUUUUCCUCAUCCAUUCCAGCCAAAACAGUCUGUUGAAAUAUGCCAACUGGUGUUUACAAGUUAGAAUGUUUUGCCUCCAGUUAAGCCCCGCCCCUCAAAAAACAUCACACUGUUUACAACCCGUGUGGGGGGUCUAUUGACCAGUUGAUUUAUGCUCCAUCGCUCACUUAUGGUCAUGAACUUUGGGUGGGGACUGAAAUAAUGCAAUCAGGAGUAAACUCCAUUUGAGGUGGUUCAGGAAUCUGCUAAAGAAUCCGCCUGGGAGCUUUCCCUUGAAGGUUUGCCAAGAACCUGGGGUAGAGCUAGAAUUUGUUGGGGAGAGAACACAUACUGUCUGGCCUUUUGAACGCCUUGGGAUCCCUAUUGAGGAGCCUGAAUAUGUUGCUAGGGAGAGGACUGUGUGAAACGCCACAAUUAGUCUGUCGCCACUGCAACCUGACUUCAGAUAAAUGGAUAAAAAUGGGUGCAUGGACGGGUAGAUGGAGGAGUGUUGCCUCUUACGAGUCACAUAAAUGUCGCCCUUAAAGACGGAGAGUUGUGUAACCUGCAGUCCAUUGUCUCUGGAGCAGCUGUCUGGUUGUUAUGUCAGCUCUGAGUCACGCAUUUUAGUUUCCAUUGAAUGAUAAAAGCCCACAUGUGACACGCGUGGUCUUUUUCACACAUCAGCGUUGCUUCUCUCUCGCUGCAUUUAACAUUCAUUCACAUUCACACGCGCUCUGACGGAACCACAAAACUGGAAAUGUACAAUAAAAAGCGUUCUUUUACUGCCAUGCCUGCACUGUUGAUUGUGUUUGAACAGUAUUUAAUACCUUUGUUCCUUUGAGGUGAAUGUCGAAGCUUUUUGUCAGUAUUACGCAGCUGUUUACUUCAGUGAAUGUCAGUGCUGGUUUCAUUUGCUGCUUGCAUUUUGCUUUGCUUUACUAUGGUCAGCUUUGCACUAUUGUAAAAAAAAUAAAUAAAUAAAAAUGCCGUUUCAUUUUACGAUAAUUAAUCAGCAAAUUGUGGUGUUAGGGACAACGUGUCCCGCGAUACUGUAGAUGAAGUUAGGCACACGCCGCUGUACAUUCUGCUUUAAAAGCCGCCUAUAAGACCUCGAUCUGCAUGAUAUUCUCACGGUCACUGCUCUGGCAUUCUGUAUUCUUAAGUAAAGUACUUCUAGAUAUUGUAACGGUGUGUUUCAUUUGUCUGUGUUGUACUUUUUGAGACCACAAUAAAAACUAAAUGUCGGUUAAA